GAGCCCUUCGGGACCGGGGCGGAAGUGGGACUGCUAAAGGAAGUUGGCGUCUUAGUCCAUGCCCGCUUCACCAUUUAAGUGUUUACCCGCAACCUCCCCAAUCCUGAUGCCACUGCCCGACCUUAACUCUCUUCCGCUCUUUCUCAGGUCCAAGGUUUCCUUUAAGAUCACGCUGACGUCGGACCCGCGGCUGCCGUACAAAGUACUCAGUGUUCCUGAAAGUACACCUUUUACAGCAGUAUUAAAGUUUGCAGCAGAAGAAUUUAAAGUUUCUGCAGCCACAAGUGCAAUUAUUACCAAUGAUGGAAUAGGAAUAAAUCCUGCACAGACUGCCGUCUCUUUUAAUACAGACUUUAAAACAGGAAUUUUCAAGAAACGUCUUUCUAUGGAUAUUUGGAAACCACAUUCAGGAAGAGACUGUUGUAAGGAAGAUCUGAAGAUCACAACAAAGGUCAAGAAAAUGCUAAUGGAAAAUAAUAAUUAAUUAUACUCACUGAAGGCCCAAGUUUUAAGGAAGUGUUAAGAUAAAUCAAGUGAAUAAGAAGCCAAGAAAGGGAAGAUGGGGAAGCCCAGGUAACAAAAGACAACAGUGAAAGGGAACAGAAAGCUGUCACAAAAGACAGCUGGAUAGGCAAAAGUGCAGAGGCUGUGUUGUGUUGUGUUGAGAGAACAGAAAGGGAUACUAGACAUUGUCAUAAGUAGCAGAAGGCAAUUGGAAAAAGCAAAUUAUAGGCCUUUUCAACAUACAGAUUUGAUAAUUCCCUUUAUGAGAAUCUAAAGAAUGAUAUGCAUAAGGAAUGUUUUUAUUUGCCCUUACAGAGGAAACCAAUAUCCACAUCUUUAAAAUGAAAUGAAGGCUAUUAGUGAUUCAGAACCAGUGCUCAAUUUGCUGUAUUUUAGAUGGUGAGCUCUCUGGAGCAGGCCUUGUGUUUGUCUUGCUCUUUCUAGACCUGGAAAUGUAGUAGGCUUUCAAUAAAUACUUGCUGAAUUAUUCAUAAAUAAAAUAUAUCUAAGACCAGUUUUUAUGUAAGCAUAUUUCAGCAUCUUCCCUAUCAUGUUCCCUUGUUUCAUUGGGAGAAAAACAUUAGGAAAUGUAACAGCAUCAGCAUCUGAAGGGUGACAUUGGUAGUUAAGUUUAAGAAAUUAACCAGAUACUGUUCAUAUAUCUGAUAAAUGAACAGUGGGAUUCUGGUUUAUAAAAGGGAAAAAAUAUUUUCUGAAGCAGAGAAGUAUACUUCUGAUGUUUGAGAAAGUAUUCAUUUUCAUAAAUAAAAUUCAAUGCUUAAAUAUCCCCUGCUCCUUAAUAUUAAGCCUCAAUUAACCAGAAAUUUGAGUAUCCAUUCCCUGAAUUUCUUGUUUAAUUUAGAUCCCAUCUUUUGUUUCUAGCACAAAGUCUGCCUGCUGUAUUACAUAAAUAAGUUUAUAAUAUCGUCUACUAUAAUUUGUUUAAUAUUUUUGUUUUUGAGUUUUGAAAAAUUUAUUGUAAGUUCUUAAAAACAUUUACUUAGACAUUUUGUUAUUAAAUAAAUAUAAUCAGUAAGUUCUUUGUGCAGCAUGUUUUGAAGUAUUUUGUUUAAAUGCAUUAUUGGCACAUAAUAUUUCAUGAAAACACAAUUUGUUAUACCAUAAGGCAUAUUUUACUUUUUUAUUAGCACAAAUUUUUUAAUGUAUUUUUAUUGAUUUCAGAGAGGAAGGAAAAGGGAGAGAGAGAGCGAAACAUCAAUGAUGAAAGAGAAUCAUCUAUUGGCUGCAUCCUGUACACCUCCUACUAGGCAUCGAGGCCACAAUCCAGAAAUGGAAGCAUGGACCUCCUGGUUCAUAGGUUGACACUCAACCACUAAACCACACUGGCUAGGCUAAAGCUUUUAAUUAGCACACUUAUUAAGCCAGUACAUGAGAAAUGAAGAAAAACAAUAGACAAAGUGAUUAAUGACCAUAGGUCAUAGAAUGAGCAUAUAUUUCCAAAUACCAGUCCUAUGUUUGGGAGGGGCAAGGGGAGAGGUUAUAGUGAUUGUUUAGGCUAGUUGGUCCCAAGCCUGGGUGAUUAUGAGAGGCACUUAGGGAAUUAAAAAUACAGAUUUAUGGAAACCACCCCUAAAGUUCUGAUUCAUUAAAUCUGAAAUAAUAUACUUUUCUGUUUACAUCCUGGUGAAUUCUUCUGUGUAGCUGGGUAAACUUUUUUACUUUAUAGGUGAACAAAAUGAAGUCUAAGGAGUCAAAAUAACUAGAAUAUGUUGUAGAAUCUUGGAAAGUAUACAUUCCAAUUUUUGUUUGUCUAGUAGGUAAGUGCGAAGAUGCUACUUAACAGUCUGUUUCACUGAUAGUUAAGCCUCCUUUUAAAGUGCUUCAAGGCUAAUACUUAUUGGAUAUUUUGUUUCUAAAAAUUUGUUUUUUGAAAGAAAAGUCAAUGGAAGAAACAUUCCUGUUUAAGCCUCCCUCUCCCCAAAUUAAGAUUGAAAAUAUGUCUUUUACUUAAGAACCUUGAAAUAUUUGUGACUUGGCAGCAUUAAUAUACUUUAAUGGAGCAAUUCUAAGUUAAAUAAUUUAAUGUUCCCAAAUCUAUAAAACUGAAAAUUAUAUACAUAAAUUAUAUAUGUACUAGAGGCCCAGUGCAUGACAUUUGUGCACUGAGGGGUGGGGUGGGGGGCAUCCCCUCAGCCUGGCUUGCACCCUUUAGCAGUCCGGGAGCCCUCAGGGGAUGUCCAACUGACGGUUUGAGUGUGCCUAAGCCGUCAGUCGGACACCUUUAGCUCUGCCACAAAGGCAGUAGUGGCUCCCCCCACCGCUGCUGCGCUUGCCAUUCGUCAGCCCAGCUUGUGGCUGGGUGGUUCCCCCCCACCCCCACCCCGUGGGAGCACACUGACCACCAGGGAGCAGAUCCU